GCAAAAGUCACCGUCAUCGAACGUUUCCCAGAACUACGAAAUAAUGGCCACGUUGUCGACAUCCGGACCCUUGGAUUUCUAGUAAUGCGCAAGAUGGAAGGGCUCGAGGCUGCCGUGAAAGCCAAAGUGGUACCUAUGGAUGGAAUAAGCAUCGUGGAUAACAGUGGUCACCCAUAUAUCAUAAUUACUGCCACUGGAAACCCCGACCAGCAAUCACUUGUCCCGAGUAUGAAAUAAAUCGUGGAGACUUGGUGAAGAUAUUCUACCAGAUGACCAAAGACAAUGAAAAUAUCAAUUAUAUUUUCAGUGAGCAAGUUGCUUCAAUGCAGCAGAAAGAGCAAGAAGAAGGGUCUCCAAUAACAGUGGAAUUCUUCAAUGGCUCGCCUACUUCUGAGUAUGGUGCGUGCUCAAUUCUUGAAGUUACCAGCGCAAAGAUCAACGCUGGGUGAUUCUUAUACUGGAGAAUUUCUCGGAAUUCAUGUUUGCUUCAAGAUUUACUCAUUAUUUACCGAAAGAUGCUAAUUCACAUCCCACAGAUCUUGUCGUUGCUUGCGAUGGUGCAGCCUCAAGAACUCGGGCGAUGGGGCUUGAAUGUGGCAUCCGAGAUUACGUCCAGCCUACCAACUCCUGGGUGGCCUUUUUCUCAAUAAAAGAGAAUCUGCUUGAUGGAAGCAAGAUAGGAAAAGCACACAACGCAAUUGGAGGACGGUUUUUUGGUAUGGGGCAGAAUCCAAUGGGGGGCAAUCGAGCCGUGAUCCAGUCACUGAAUGCAGGGAAUUUACCACAAUUUCGUGAGGCAAGAGAUAAAGGGGCCCAUCACCUUAAACAGUUUGUCGCGCAGCAUUAUAAAGGAGCCGGUUGGAAAAUCGACGAGCUUCUCAAAUGUAUAAUGGAGUCUAAGGACUUUUACGCCAACGAGAUUGCUCGUAUCAAGCCGCCAACUUUAUUCAAAGGACGAUUUGUGCUCGUCGGCGAUGCGGGCUAUGGAGGUUCUGCGGGUACCGGAACAAGCCUUGCUAUGACUGGCGGUUAUUUUUUGGCUGGCGAGAUUCCGAAAAAUGAGGGGAAUCUUGCAGCUGGACUUCGAGGUUACGAAGAAAAGAUGCUGCCGUAUGUGAAAGAAUUACAAACGGUUCCAUUAUUCCUGUAUUCAGUCCUUGGACCACAAACAGCUUGGGGAUUAUGGCUACGAAAUAAGAUUUUGGCUUUUAUUUCUUGGACUGGAAUUUUAGGAUUUGUGCAGAAACACUUCGCCGCCGGAUUUGCGAAUGGGAAUAAAUACACGCUCCCGGAAUAUGAAUGGGUUUCAUGA